AUGGGCUUUUCGGAGCGUUUUCCUCGAUGGACUUCAGCGAUUAUAGGUCUGGCUCAACUCGCCUUAACUGCUGCAAUUGUUGGUUUAGAAGUUGGUUCAAAUUAUAUAGAUCUUGCACAUGGAACGAUUUGGGUUGGCUUUUGGGCCGGUAUCAUAUUUAUUAAGACACUACUUUUGAUGCUAUUCAUCACUUGCUGUUGUCGUGGUCGUUGUUGUGCAACGUAUGUUCUGAUAUGGACAAUAUUAAGUGGUGCAUUGGCUUGUAUGAUGAUAUAUUUUGAUCAAAUUUUUAUCAAUGAUCUUUGUAAAUGCUAUUUGGGUGAUAAAUUAUGUUGUGCAGUUCGUGGCAUCGAAUCGUAUCGAGCCAAUUUUUCAGCUAUUUUUGAGGAAUGUGGUCUAGCUAUAGAGCAGGGUACUAUUUCAUCAAAAGUAUGUCCAUCCGUCCCAUAUGGUAAAUUAAACCUUAUUAAAGCUCAACUUGGUUGCGCUGUUGGAAUGUUAAUUACAUGUGCAAUUUAUGUUGUAAUUUAUCUAUUUGCUUGUUUGGGUAUAUGCUUUGGCCAUGAUUAA